GAGUUGUUUUUUGUCGUGAUUUUGGUUUCGGAGGAAGAAGCUUGGUCGAUUUGUCGGUCGACGGAGGCCUCGAAAGAUGAGAUCUGUUCUCUGUGGCUUGCCCAGAGUGGCAUGCCUAGCUUUGGUCGUUCUCGCAGCCCAAUGCCUGGCCGAGCUGGCCCCAAAAGACGCUGAAGGCGUGUUUGAAUUGGACCACAACACGUUCGAGGAAACGGUGAAGAGCAAAGACGUCGUAGUGGUCUAUUUCUACACGACAUGGUGUGAGAAGUGUGCGGAAUUCCAGUCCAACUGGACCCAGGUAUUGAAGGGCACAUCGGAUUUGGAGAACGUCGCUUUUGCCAAGCUGAACGCGCAGGAUGCACAAUCUCUGGCUGAGCAGUACCAGAUUGGGUCCUUCCCGAAUCUGGUGACCUUCCGCGACGGUGUCGAGUAUCCCUAUGACAGCAAAGACUAUUCUGCCGAGGGCAUCAUUGCCUCUGUCCAGCGUUAUGCCAGCUCAUCGUGGAGCAAGCCCGACCAAUACUCCGACCACUUGACAAUGGGUGAAUUCGAGUCCACCAUCAAGAAAGGAGAUGGUAUGUUGGUUAAGUUCUAUGUACGCUGGUGCGGCCAUUGUCGUUUGAUGGGCGCUGAGUGGGACAAGGCGGCUCGCGCCUGCGAGAAGCUCAACCCGCCAAUGAAGAUGUAUCAGGUCGACUGUGAAGCCGAGAAAGACCUGUGUAACGAGAACAAGGUCGACUCGUACCCAACCCUGCGCUUCUACCGCGACGGCAAGAUCGUCGAACCUUACCAUGGCGAAAGGAAGAAGAAAGCAUUUAUGGACUAUCUCCGCCGCAAGACUGGACAAGCCGCCAAGAAGAUUGAUGCCACUGAGAAGCGCGUACGAGAGCAUAUUACCGCUCUGCACCGCAACGGACAACCAGCGAUCAUUGGAUUCUUUCCCAGCGAGGAUGCAGAGGCCCUGGACCUAUUUGAAAUGGUGGCUAAUGAGAUUCGCGACAAACUGGAGAUUGUUCACGUCAUCAGUGCUGACAUGGGAAAGAAGUACGGUAUUGAGGGCGAGUAUGGCGUUUACCUGUCGCAGCCCGAGCACCUGCGCUCCAAGUACGAGGAGCAGUUCCACGCCCUGGACGCGUUCAGCGUGGACGAGAAGGACGCGCUCAAGAGCUGGCUGUACACAAAGUCGCGCCCUCUGGUGGGUCACCUGCAGGGCCACAAUACCGGCGUGGAGAAUAUCUACUGGGAUAUGAACGUCGUCACGCUCUACUACACGGUCGACUUCAGCAAGGAGAUGAGCAAGGCUACCCAGUUCUGGCGGCGCCGUCUGGUUGAGAUUGCCAAGGACUACAAGGAGCAUGCUGACACUCUGGCAUUCGCCGUAGCAGACGACGAGGCUUUCGGCAACCUUCUGCAGUCCAUGGGCAUGAGCGACAACGCUUUUGACGUCAGCCUGGCCAUCUCGGGUCCAGAAGUGAAGCAGCACUACCCUCUAGAAGAGGACUGGGAUGAGGACCUGUUCCGCGAGCACAUUGACAACUUCCUCGCCAAGAAACUCGAGCCGUAUGCAAGGUCAGAGCCGAUACCGGCACGUAAUAACGGACCAGUGAAGAUUGCCGUCGCCAAGAACUUCAAGGAGUUGUACGGAAACGCUGAUCGCAAUGUCAUCGUCAUGUUCUACGUGCCCUGGUGCCCCUACUGCCGCGAGAUGGAGCCCAUGUUCCUCAAGGCGGCACGCAAAUAUGUCAAUGACAAGAACCUCAUCUUCAUUAAGUUCAACAUCCAGGAGAAUCAGCUCCCCAGGGAGUUUGAGGGCAAGGUGGAAGGCUAUCCAACCAUCUACUUCCGCGGCCGCCACAGUACGGAAUUGAAGAAGUACGAGGGAGGUCCAGUGGUCCAGGCCCUCGCCGACUUUGCCGACAGCAACAGCAAGCAAUUCGCGCACACAGAGUUGUGAGCUAGCGGCGCAACGCAGGCAAGCGUACGCUUGCAUGCACGCUCGCACACGUCGGCAGCGCUCUGUCGAGUUGCAUUCCCCCAGCGCACACACCAUGUGGAAUGACGGCCAGGCACGCACCAUGCUGAAUACCAGUUUAAUACGCAGGCUGCUGUACUUUCUGGGCAGCAUGGCGCAGCCACGUCAGCAACAGCAGCCUCUUGUCCCUAGUUCUUGUUCUGUUGGUAGCUGAGCAGGCUUCAGUUUGCCUGUUUGUUUAGGAUGCGCCGUACCACCACACUAAGCUGUUACAGCAUCAUCAUCAGCAUCACCCACUAGCACUGCUAGUAGACUUGAGUAUGCGUCUAUAUGUAUCUGCUUCUGUAUGUCUGGGUGUGCGUGCGUGCGCGCGUGCAUGUUGUCAACUGCAACGGUUUUCUUGAUUCCUCUCUUUUAUUUAUUUUCUUCCUGCCCCUCAAUUAGCUGAGUGACGUAUACCCGGUAACCAUGGUAAUUUAAAAGACUGCGCUUGUCAUACUGCGUUGUGUGCUUGCGGGUACCUGCGAUC